ACAGUCGCAGCAGCAGCAGCGCAGCAGCGCAAGAAUCGCGAAGCGGGUACCUGAAAGCAUUUAACGAUAAACGAAAACAAAACAAAUGCAACAAAAAGCUCGCACGCAAAUGAAUUGCAAUAAGCAAUAAGCGAUUGAGGGAGAGUGAGACGCAAGGCAUGGCGUGUGGGCUGAUGCAAUGCAAAAGUGCAAGGCGAGAGUGUGAGCGAGAGAGAGAGAGAGAGAGAAGAGAAAGACGGCGUCGCGGCGACGGGUCGCUAGUGGGCGACAGCGCGACAGAAGCAAAGGGUGCAAUGAACAAAAUAACAAAAUGAAUUAGUAAUAAUAUUUUGUUUGUGCUUUUGCGCUCAUUUUAGUCUCGUGCAUAUUUUGCCAACUUUUUCUUUGCCUUACUUGUCAGUGUGUGUGUGUGUGUGUGUGUGUGUGCCUUGGUGUUGUGAGUACUUGGCGACAAACAUGCAGAGUCGAAGACGACGACGCCAAAUCGAUGAGGGUACGUCGCGUCGUUAAUGGCGUCGACUGCGACGCACGUCUGGCGCUGCCAGUGUCGUCGACCAGACGUAAUGGCUGUACGGCUACAGACGACGACGAUAUGACGCCAAUAACAACAACAGCAGCAAACAACAGCAGCGGCAACUGUUGCCAACUACAUGUUGGUUGUCAAACGGUUGUAUGCCUGUUUAAGUUCGUCAGCAACCGGUUAGAGCCUGUUUGACAACUUGCACAGUGAAAACGGCUCGGUCAGUCAUGUUGCACGUCAAACAUCUCUCUCAAACAGCAACACGUGCGCUGUUAGUGUGUGUGAAGUGUGUGUUUGAAGGUGCAGAGAGCAUCAAACAUGGACAUGAGCGCAUUUAUAGCGCUCUCGCGGUCUAUGGCAGUUUUAGUGUGCUUCAAGCCGUGAAACUAAAAUGAGUGCCAUACCGCAAACGGACCUGUGGCUUGAGUUCUUCGAUGCCUACCGUCAGCUACCUGCGCUGUGGCGGGUCACGGACGAGGUAUAUAAGAACCACCGCAUGAAGAAGGCUGCCUAUGACAGAUUAUUGGAAUGCUAUCGGAAAAUCGACCCAAAGGCCACUGUGGAGGUCAUGCGGCGCAGGAUCAACGGCAUUCGGACUUGUUUCAGACGCGAGCUCCGCAAAGUGGAGCAGAGCGAACAAAUUGCCCACCAAACGGAUGACGUCUACGUGCCACAUUUGUGGUACUUUAAUGAAUUGUCCUUUUUGCGUGCUGAUGAUAGCAGGAUAACCCGUGUCUCACAUCUUUCCGAUGUGUCGGAUAAAUUCUGGAAUGAAACAGAUCCAGAUCCACAGGCAGACGAUGAAUUUUCCAACAAUGAUCUAAAGGAUGAUGAAGAAAUGGAAAACAUAUCUGAACCCGAAGUCAAAGUUUUUGAGCCUGCGUUACCAGUAUCGAAUGGGUCACCUGUAAACCAGUCUCCCGUGGAUCACUUGCCGCCGCCCGUGGAGCCGUCAAUCAACGUUGCAACACAGUUCCAGCCGCAGGUUGCGCCCAAUCUCAAUCACAGCUCACGUGAUGAGGCUGACAUCUUUGCGGAGGGCUGGGCCAUAACCUAUCGCAAGCUGGAUGGCAGGAACAAGCUGCUGGCCAAAAAGGCCAUUGAGGAGAUUUUGUUUUUGGGACAGAUAAAUAAAUUGGAGUUUAACUCGGUGAAGAUGCCAAAUUAAAUUUGUAAAUCAGAAAUAU